UGCGAUUUCUGCAAGGUUGACCGAUUUUAACAUUUUUGGUGCAACAAUUUUCGAACGAAAUGAUUCGUUCUAUCGCUGGAACCACUUGUCGUGCCUCAGCGCACAUUAGCAUUGCCAGGGCGGUGCAGCCAGUCGUCGUGAGAAGUGGAUCUUUACGAUUCUUUGCUGCUUCUGCUGCCUCUCCUAAUGAUGAAGCCAUUCGCCUCCGUCUGAAAACGGAUCUAAAGACCGCCAUGCGCGCCAAGGACACCAACCUCUCCGGAGUGAUCAAAACCCUUCUCUCGGACAUCACCUACGCCGAAAAAUCCGCAUCUGCCAUGCCAUCCAUCCCAACCAUUAUCCAACGAUCCAUAAAAAAGCGGCGCGAUUCUGCGGAAUCGUACCGUAGCGGGGGUAGAACGGAUCUGGCUGAACAGGAAGAAGCAGAGUGCAAGCUUUUGGAACAAUAUCUUCCCGCGCAGAUGAGUGAAGCGGAGAUUGAGAGCGUUGUGAAGCAGAUCGUCGCUGAUGUUGGGGCAAAGAGUGUCAAGGAUCUUGGAAGGGUCAUGAAGGAGGUAAAUGCAAAGGUGGAUGAUGCCUUGGCACCGAGGAAGGCUGUGGCAGGCGUGGUGAAGAAAGUACUUCAGGAGAUGGAAUCGUAGUGGAGGCGAUUUUUCCGUAUUCACCAACCACUCGUUAUAUCAGGGCACUUGUUCAUUAUUUAACAUGAUUAUAGAGUAGGAUAGAUGCAUUGUUUGAUUUAGUCAAUCGCUAUAAACUGCAACUGUAAACCAAGACAUGAUUGGGCUCUCAUGGUUCAUGGUCCCGAAGUACCUAGAGAAGUGUUGUGCAUUUCUGAUCAAGAGUUGCAGAUAGGAGGAAGCGCAUAUUACAUAUUAUAUAUCUAGUAGAAAAACAGAAGAUUGCUGUGUCAGUAUUCGGGCCGCC